UUUAUCUUUCUUCCAACACCACGCAAUCCACACUUUAAUUUUUUGUCCAAAAAUUAAAAAAAAAACAAUUAUCAAAUCAAUCAAAAUAAAAAGUCAUGCAGAAAUUUACAAAAAAAGACAAACUUUUUAUAAUUCUCUUUUUAAUCUACAAAAAUCUAACUAUUCUCCCAAUUCCUAAGUCCUAACCAUAUUCAUGGGCUGCUCUGUUUCUCGACCUGAUCAAACCCUAAUUUCUUCAACCUCUAAUAACAACAUCGAAACCUUUUCAUCUCCGUCCGUUCAGAAAUUCUCAAAGAAUCAAUCUUUCUGUAUUGUUCAUCAUCCGCCUCUUAAGAAAGGUGAUACCCAUCAUCUUGUUUCCUUGACUUCUACAACCUACGGUUCUCUUCUUCUUAUUGAUUCAAACCCUAGUUCUCCAAUUUCUUCACCAAAAUCUCCGUCUCCAUCAUCAUCGCCUGAUUCUGUUAUUAAUACCUGGGAACUUAUGGAUGGUUUAGAUGAUUAUGAUUAUUCUGUACCUAAAAAACCUGUAUUAUUAGAUCGAUCAUAUUCAUGGGAUUCGUCAAAGAAAUCUUGUUUUGAAAAACAAGGGCCUCUUAGGAACGGAUUAGUCAAAGGGAAUGUUAUGAAAUUAUGUAGUGCUUUUGAGGAAGCUAAAAUUUCAAGACAGAAUUCCAGGAAGGAAAAUGAAUCAGCUAGACCCCUGUGGAAACAUUUGUCAGAAGAAUCUCUUCUUGCCGAUAUGGAUCCAAAUGUUGCGACUAGCUUCAGACGAGCUGUUUCUUCUAGGCAAUCAGGGGGGUUUCAUUCAUCUAAAUCCAUGGUUGUCAAACCUAACACAACAACAUCUUCCUCCUCUUCUUCACUUUCUAGGUUUUCUCCAUUUAUGGAUGAAAAGGUUCGAUUAAAAGGGGCUGAAGAUAGGAUUGUUAUCUAUUACACUAGUUUAAGAGGAAUUCGUAGGACAUUUGAAGAUUGCUGUACUGUAAGAUCAAUAUUUAGGGGAUUUAGGGUUUCCAUCGAUGAGCGUGAUAUAUCCAUGGAUUCUGCUUAUAGGAAAGAAUUACAAACUGCAUUAGGUGAAAAAACUGUUAGCUUACCUAGGGUAUUUAUUAAGGGAAAAUAUUUGGGUGGUGUUGAAGAAGUUAAACAGCUUCAUGAAAUUGGUGAGCUGGUUAAGCUUUUAGGAGGUAUUCCAGCUAAAGAUCCUAACUUGGUUUGUAGUUGUGGGGAUUUGAGGUUUUUGCCUUGUUCUAAUUGUCAAGGAAGUAGAAAGAUAUUUUCCGAGGAUGACGAACAGCUGCGGAGAUGCCCGGACUGCAACGAAAAUGGAUUGAUUAGGUGCCCUGACUGUUGUAAUUGAUACUCAGGUAAAACAUUACUUAUGAAAUAGGAGAGUAUGGAUUUGGUGCCUCUUCUUCAAUUUAUGGUGAUUAUAUAUUCAAUCAUUGGCUGAAAGUUCUACUACUUCAAUUGGUUUGGAAUUUCUAUCUUUAUAUAUUUUUGAGGGUUUUGUCUUGAACCCCUUUGUUGUGUUCACCUUUCUCAUUGUAAAUGUACCAUUGCUUUAACAGUGUCCAGGGAAAGAAAACCCUGAAAAACUUAAGAGUGUUCCUUGUUCAUGGUUUAUCUGAACAACAUGAGAAUAAAAGCAUACUCUUCUCUAGUUACUGUAUAUAUUUUGUUGGUGUUUGCUUGUUUACAAAAUUUGUGCUGCUUGGCAUUCAUUUUAAUUGAAAUAAAAUUCCUGUGUUGCUUGUGCAAA